UUUAAGGCAUUUCAUUAUGAUUAUGUAUUGCUACAAAAUUAAAAAUGUAGAUCACUUUAUUUAACAGGCAUUUUUAAUAAGACCCGUUUUAAAAUUUGUUGUUCCCAUGGCUGACAGUGUGACCGUAUUGCAAACACAUUUCUUAGCCGUUCGGAAACCAAAACAUGCGAAAAAAUAAUACAAACGUUUUAUCCUAAAUAUCGGGCUUAAAACUAUUAUUAAGGGAACCUAAAUAACAUAAAGACGAAGAGCCACAGCUUAACAGAUAAUUGACCUUUGGAAAAGGUCACCCACGUACACGUGGAAAGAUUACCCCAUUGGAAUCGGAAACUUGCUUCAGAAAAACAUGGAGCCCCUAGAAGCGGACGUUUUUACCACCCAAGCGAAGGAACUGUCGGCAGUGGAGAAGCAAAAGCUGGAGGAGCAGAACAAGCGUGGUCUCGUGCCCGAAUUCAAAGCGAACAAGCUGGAAAUCGAUGCCCAGAGGAACUGGGACAUAUUCUACAAGAGAAAUGAGACUCGUUUCUUCAAGGACCGCCACUGGACGACGCGGGAGUUCCAGGAGCUGCUGGACCAGGAGGAGUGCCACGAGAAACGCACACUUUUCGAAGUGGGAUGCGGUGUGGGCAAUCUGGUAUUUCCACUUCUGGAAGAGCAAACCAGCGAAGAAGGAUGUUUUAGCAAUAGCAGAUUCUUCUUCUACGCGUGCGACUUCUCACCCCGAGCCGUGGAAUUUGUGCGCUCCAAUCCUCUGUACGAUCCCAGCCAGAUAUCGGCCUUUCAGUGCGACAUCACGACGCAACAGGUGCAUGAGCACAUUCCUGCCAGCAGCGUGGACAUCUGCACUAUGAUCUUUGUGCUCUCCGCCAUACAUCCACAGAAGUUCAUAGAUGUGGUGCAAAAUCUGGGCAAGCUACUCAAGCCAGGAGGACUGCUGCUGUUCAGGGAUUACGGUCUGUACGACAUGGCACAGUUACGCUUUAAGCCGGGAAACAAGAUAGCAGAGAACCUCUAUGUGAGACAGGAUGGCACCCGGAGCUACUUCUUUUCAGAGAAGGAAGUCUCCAAGUUGUUUGAGGAGAACGGCUUCGAGGUAAUCACCAAUGCCUAUGUCCACCGACGAACUCUAAAUCUUAAGGAAGGCGUAGAUGUGCCGCGCAUUUUUUUGCAGGGCAAGUUUAGAAGAAAAAACCAGUGACCAGAAGUUAAUAAUCAUGACCAUUGUUACGUA